AUGGACUACACGGGCGCCGACGGCUUCCGUAAAGCCUACUCGGGCCGCUACCGCUCCCACGACGACGGCGAGCGGCCGGAGCGCCGGCUUGAGCGCGACGAGAGCCGGCAGCGCGCAAGGACGGAUGCGUGGCACCGCUAUACCGACGGGGAGAAUGCGCGGAACGACCCUUCGUCUCGGCGCCGGGGCGUCGCGGAUCUCUACGACAACGACUAUGAGGUUCAGCGGCGGUACUUUAGCCCUCGCCGCAACGGGCGGAGCCCCGUACGGAGAGAGUCCGUUCGUGCGCCAUCGACUUCCCGGUAUGAUGAGGAGCGCCGGUCGGAGCGUCGGAGGGCAGAGUCGAGCGUGAGGCGGAGCGAGUCGCGGGAGCCAUCGUAUCGGCGACGGGACUCGACGACGCGAAGGACUUCCCCUGAGCGCCGGACAACAAGGACGAGAAGCCCCGUUCGUUCGUCGCGGAGGGCUUCGAGGUAUGGUGGCGAUUUCGAGUACCUGAUCUAG